AUGGCGGAGGGAGACAACGGGAUGAGGCUGUGGUUUCAGGAGGCGUCGUUUCGCCGGAGCUAUGGAAGACAACUGGGGUUGCAAUUGAAAGGCAGCGGUGGAGGUGAAGGAUGUGGAGGAGAGGAGGCAGCGGUGGUGAUGAAGGAGGCGGUGGAGGAGGUGGCGGAGGUGGAGGUGGAGAUGGAGAUGGCGGGGAAAAUGGACAUGGAGUUUCUUCUAGUUCGCAAACCUUUGUGGAGACUAUUUGGUGGUGUUUCAAACACAAUAACCACAGGCUACGCCCACCCUGAUUGCGUGAUUAUCAUAGAUGCUAAUGAAGGUUACACCUCUACUGAAGCUAUUCAGAUGAAGCUGACUCCAAUUCUUUUUGAGCAGCCAGUUCACAAGGAUGACUGGGAAGGUCUUGGUCGGGUUACUCAGAUUGCAAAAGAAAAGUAUGGGGUAUCUGUUGCCGCUGAUGAAAAUUGUCGGGGUUUUGCUGAUGUAAAGAAGAUAGUUGAAGAAAAUCUAGCAGAUAUCAUUAACAUCAAGCUCGCCAAACUAGGGGUAGUAGGCGCCCAUGAAAUAAUUGAGUUGGCACAUGCAUCUGGCCUGCAUUUGAUGAUUAGUGGAAUGGUUGAGACUAGAAUUUCCAUGGGCUUUGCUAGUCUUCUUGCUGCAGGGCUUGGGUGUUUUAAAUUCAUUGACCUGGAUGCACCAAAUCAUCUAUCAGAAGAUCCAGUUGUCGAGGGCUGUGAAGUUUAUGGUCCUGUGUACAAGUUUCCAAAUGCCAGAGGCAGCCCGUGUUUUCUUGAUUGGGACAAUAUUUUGUGGACAAAAGAUUCACCAUGGGAAUCAGGUGUGUCAGCUGUGAACUUUGAGCGGAAGAAGAUGGCACUCCCCAUAAUGAAGCAUUAUACAGAGGCCACUGAUGGUUAA